GCUGACGUUGACGUCAAAAUUGUUAAUAAUAAAAAUAAACAUUUCUUGUUGGAGUGUUGUGAUUCUGGAAGUCCAGCCAUAAUCAUUUUAAACUAACAACAAAAACAGAACAUCGACAAAUUGGCAGCAACUUUGGCUAGUUAAAAGCACAUCCAGGCUAGACUUUGUGAAAAAUGAACGGUUUCAGUACCGGCGAGGAAGAUUCGCGAGGCCCCACCGAUCAAAUUUGUUGUCUCAUCGAUAACAGCGAGAGGUGCUCCAAAGUAGCGGGGAACGCUUCAUACAGCAAAAGAAUCCAGAAUACUGUGGCUCAGAAGAGGCUCAACCUUUCGCUCGAUAACACCGUGGGUCACUUUUGCAUAUGCGAUCUCCAUAAAAGGAUUAUCCAGUCCGCGAAGGAUUCUGAAGUGGCCAAUAACGAAGUCGACCUGCACCACCUUCAAAUCAACACUUUGAGACGGUACCAGAGACGCUAUGAAGUACUGACAAGGCCCGGACUCAAUAAGGCACAAUUGGCCGACAACAUCAUGAAACAUUUCAAGACGAUACCGAUAGUUAAAGAGCAUGUCCUUACUUAUUUCAUUUACACCGUCAAGACCAACGGCAACAAGUUGGACCAGAAAAAUGGUUUAAAUAGCAGUAACGAUAUUAUGUAGAUUAGUUGAGAGUUUCUCAAGGGUCUGUGAGGGAAAUAAGGCUUUUUUCAAAAAUCAUGAAGGUUUUUAUUUUUCAAUGCUUCAAGCAAGGAUCAGUGUAUUUAUCCGAGAAAAUGUUAUAAUUAUGGCCAUUAGAAAAACUAAAAAAGGCUUUAUUUGUUCUCCAAAACCAUCAUAGUUGUAUUUUUCAUUAUUUUAAAUAUUUCAAGUGUGGAUUAUAAAAAAUAAGUUUUUUUUAAGUAGAUA